AUGUCCAUCUUACUGCAAGAAUCGUCAGGUGGCAACGGCGGAACUAGCUCGAGCGCCACUGCCUCUUCCUCGACACCCAUCGACAGCGGCGACCUGACGCCGGCCGUCGACCCAUCGUCCAAAGAUGGAAGCGCCGGAGAGUGCAAACGAUACGGAAUCAGCUGGAAACGGUGCCUGGAGCUGCUCGCACAGAAAACGGUGAUCGAUAGUUGUUUCUGUGGCUGCGUCCCGAUCGUGUCGCCCGAAGAGGCCAGCACCGGGGGACAGAUUUGCGAGGCGGAACCGCACGACAAACACCUGUUCCCCGUCAGAUGCUGUUGCCGCGGGUGUCUGGUAUCGCGCGAAAUGGUAAUGCAACUCUACGCCGAGGACUGCCAGUACAAUUCGCUGUGGGAACGGUUGCAGCUACUGAUGAAGCAAUACUACGAUCUGAUACCGGAAUCGGAGGACAACGCACUCUACAACCUCUACAUGGAGCUGAUGGCGAAGUCGUCGCUGAAGUGGCUGACGGAUGCACGGUUCAACUCCAAGAAUAUGAUCCAGGUUUCGCUCGCGUCGAAUCUGCCGCUCUCGAACGAGAUGACCUUCGUAAUGCUAUCGACCGUACUAAGUACCCGCGAUCCUCACCAGCUGCUGGAGCUGCUGUGCUUUCAGCUGCGCUCGAUUGUCCAAGCGUACUGCGUCGGGUUCGAGGAGCUAACGAGCGUGACGGACGAUGGCCGGCGCUACUUCAAUCCACCCGACGUGCUGAACUACAUUCUCGAUGGGUACGAGAAGCUGUGCCAGGCGGCACACACCGUGGCCCCACUGUUGAUGGUACUGGAGCAGUGCCACCUGGGGAAGUUCGAACUUAACUGGCGGCUUAUCAAUCAGCGGAUUUUUCAGCGCUACUUUUACUUCGAAGUGAACGACGUCGUGUCGGAUUGCAUCAAAAGGCUGCGCGAGUUGCCGGAGCGCGAGCGCGAUCGCGAACUGGUCGACCGGUUCGCACUGUUUGACGAAGAAAUGCGAAUCGUUACUCAGGAAUGGAGCGACACGUGGCAACUGCUGCACAACUACCACAAGGCUCCGGAGGAUUGCGAGCGCCGGAAGCGUAUCAACUCGGUCUACGCCGUGCUCACGGAUAUCCGCGAGUCGAACUUUGUACCGCAAUCGGAGAAACUGUUCGAGAACCCGGAGCGACCGAUGGCCGAGUGGUUGGAGCUGGAGGAUCGGUCACUGGUCUGGGAGUACGUGGUGCACUGCCUCAAGACGAAAUGGGUGCCGUGUAUGAGUUCGCGUCUAACGACGGUUACGCCCGGCCUGAAGUGUCGCACGUGCUUUCGAAUGUUUUACGCACACGCCAUCAAAUGUCAAUGCCAAACGUGCAUCAUUGGCGGUGGAGUUAAUGUCGUGAAAUUGAAAAAGGAUCAGUUUUGUCCCCGCUGUUCGUGCCUCAAGUCGAUACUGGAGAAACAGCACAGUUUAAAGUACCUAUCCGUUUGCGAGAAUAUCGAGGGCGUAAUGAUUAACGGCCACCCGGGAGCGAAAAGGCAUGUUGCAUCGUUAAAUGGUGUCGCAGCACUGGAGAAUGGAUUGGACGAGGUGAUGCAACCGCCGGAUUUGCUCCUGGGAGAAACCCAGGAUAUCGGCCAGACCGAAUUCGAUGCCGUGUGUAAGACGGUGGUUGCGCUGGGCAACGAUCAACCAGUGUACCACAUCGCUUGGGCCACUUUCAAGCAUCUGCGUGAUCGUGUUCCGUACGCAUCGGCCACCCUCGAACCGUUCCGUGUGUGUGCGUUCCGGGCCGAUCCGUGUCCGAGGGUAGCGUGCCGUGUAGCCAUCCAGAUGCUUGGCAUGCAAUAUCCCGUGAACCUCACGAACCUGUUGCUCAAGUCGUACGAACCGCUCGCCGAUGAGGGACACCGUGUAAUGGCAGCCAACUGGAACGUCCAGGCACGCCACUUUCUGCGCAAGCUGUGCGACGAUAUCAGCAAACGGCCAAAAAUCGAACCGGACGAUCAGAUGUAUCCGCUCGUGAUAGUCGAUAUGCUGUGGGCAUCCACGUCGCAGGCCACUUCUCCGAGCCUCUCGAGCGCUCGCGCCUCCGAGCUGGCCGAGUGGUUCGCGUACGACACGGAGCUACCGGCACCCAACGUGCUCUAUCAGUAUUUUACGAAGUUUUUUUCUGUAAAGAACGGCGACAUUGAACUCGAUACGCAGUGCUUCCUGGGCGAGCGCGCAAUGCGACAACGCGGAAGGAUCAUGUCGCGCCGGUUGCGUGAAACGGUGCUACAGAAGCUUCACCUGAAGUCAACCGCUCUUCUCACAUCUUGCCCGUCCAGCCUUCUGUUGACUGCUGCUUCCCCUUCGCCCUCGCCAUCGCUGGAGCCCUCGGAAGCUUCGUCUCGGCCGAACCGAUCGACCAACGCGGCGGCCCAAAUGUGCUCAUUGUCCAUGCUUUCGGCUGCCUGCUCAACGGAAGCCGCAGCCAGCACCGUUGUCACUUCGUUGUUCGAACAAAUGGCAGUGACGGCGGCCGCCGCCUGUUCGUUCAUUGAGCCCCUCACAAGGCUAAAGAUGGACAGUGAAACGCAGACGCAGACGUGCCAGAGUUGCAACCAGUGCUUGGACGAUGUCAUUUCGAAGACGGACCUUUUGGACAAACAACGCAACGAUCACAAACUGUACAUCAAGGGAGUGGCGGAGCUGCUGAAGGAUGGCCUGGGAAUGCCGACUCCGAGGAGCGAAGUCGCCAAAGCCAUCAUGAACGUAGCCCGAUUGGAUUUGGAACCGAAAAGCAAAAAGGAGGAAACGACACCUUUGGUGACGAAUGGCACAGAGUGCAGCACUGAAACGGAGAACCUAGCGGUAAGGCCUGUCUCCAGUGCCACCACCGCGGCCGAAUCAACGGAGCCUGCGUCACGGAGCCUAGUGACUAGUGAGAGAGCAGCGAACGGUGCGACACCACUGCCAACAAGAGAACCGCAACAGGUUCCGGCUUCACAGGCCACGCCGUCAAACAGUCAGUGUCGCCCAGCGGUUCUGCCAUCGGCAUCGAAAUCGAUGCUCAAUGAAACCUUAGCGACGGCUAAUGGAACGAAACAACCGGACGUCCCAGUGUGCUGCCAUCAGAAAGAUGGUAACAAAUGUACCGCGGGAGGCAGCACCGGUACACCGACCAACAAGCCCAUCAAGCCGGAUCUUCAGACGCCGGCAAAGCUUUCGGCCUUUGCGAAGAUGGCAGCUAACAAACUACCGACCGCCGCCAACCAAGGACCGCCAAAGCCCGUUCCCAACACCAGCAGCCCCAGCAGCAGUAGCGGCGUCGUUUCGACAGCCGCAACGAGUCAGUCGCCAGCCGUUUCAACGCAAACGCCCCAGCACCACGGGAAACAGUGUCCCUGUGGUAUUCCUUCGCAUGCGCCUGGCCCUGCCCACUGGCCAGCUGCCACGGGCGGCUCGUCUUCCAAGGUGACAGCCUCUUUGCCUAAGCCAGUGCCGGGAGGAACGCCGGGAGCCGUACCAGGAGCAGCACCACCAGGAGCAGCACCCGUUCAUCAGUAUCAGCCACACUCGAAGGAUGAUCACAAACCGGGGCGUCCCUGUCACCGGGCGCCCAACAACGGCAGCAGCACCGGCGGAGACAAAGUGGACGGAUCAUGUGUUUGCUACUAUUGCACACUGUUCGGGCAGAGUGUAUGUUUAGAAUGCAAUCACAACCAGAGGACAAACGAAACGCGCGAUAGGUUGCGAAAGAAGGUUAAGCAAUUGCAAAGCAGCAAAGAGCAAUUCCAGAAGCAACAAACGGCGCUUCAGUCAGUGGACCAGUCGAGCACGGGGUUGAAAAACGAGAAAGUGGCGUUGGGAGCAGGAACUGCGAAGCCCGCAGCGACUAGUGGCAACACACCUUGCCCCCCAGCUGCAGCUACGGAGAAGGGACCGGUUGCGGGGCACGGUACCAAGGAUGCCACUGCUGCCCCGGGGCAUAAGGGGACGCCACAAAAGAGUGACAAAAAGUCGGCUAGUGCGAAAACUUCUGAGCCGUUCCAGUCGAUCGAAGACAUACUGCGCUUCAUCGAAGGCGAUGAUACGAAGGGUAAAAAACAGUCGGUGCCGGACGCGAAACCGGGAUCAGCGGCGACGGGUGAGAAGAAGGCGAAGAAAAAGCACAAGAAGCACGAGCAGAAAAUGAUUGCACAACUCGAGGACCUGCGAGAACAGUUCUACGCCUGCCAGAGGGAGGAACAGAAAGCUCUCAUGCAGUUCCAGACGAAGCUCAGCAAAAAGGAUCAAAAGCUGCUGCGGGACAACAUACAAGCGUUCCGGCUGCGAAUAAACGAGCUGCACGGCGAAAUCAACACACUCGUCGGCAGCAUACGGAGCAGCAUACCGGACUUUCCUUUCCGGUUAGACGCGUUCGCUGUUCCGUCGGGCACCACCUGGCAAGAGGCAGCGGCAGCGGCAGCGGCAACCGGUGCCCCGGAGCCACAGAGUACCGGUGCCGCGGCCGCUACCAUGCCACCGCUCGUACCGUCCAACAUGUGUCGAGCGACAUUCGCGAAGCUACAAGAAACGCUCAGUCUCAUACAGCAACAGAAGCAGCUUCAUCUGCAACAUUUGCAGCAGCAUCAGCAGAGUCAGCACGUGCUGAGACAACAGCACCGCCAAGCGCUGGAUCUGCAGCAGCUCAACGACGCCGCCACCCGGCAGAUGGUUACGAUCAAGCGCACGUUUCUUCCGCACGCCGAAGCACAGGUUACGGUCACGGCGAAGGGAGAGUCCCCCGACAUGGAUCAGGUGCUAUACACGUUCGUCAACGGGCAGCUCAUUCCCGCCGAAGCUGCCGCUGCAGCGUCUACCGACGGGACUGUACCGGCUCAGCACACCCACAACGGUCAGCUCAGAGUGUCCGACACAGGAGCUAAAACGAAGACCGGAAAUGGGGCUCGCAAGAUGGACCCGCUGGCGGAACUAAGCCAGCAGGAGCAGCGGCUGAUACAGCAGUACCUGGAGCAGUUGCAGCAGCAACCGUCGACGUCGAACACAACGGAAGAGCCUACGAAGCGGUCGUCACGAUCGAAGAAAAAGUUCACCCCAGCGGUGCCUGCGCCUGUAGCGGCUCAGCAGCAGCAGCAGCAAAACAUAUCAUGCAACGACCUCCUUCACGAGCGCAUAUUGCGCCAGAGUGUCGAGCUGAUGCAGAAUCUUCAGAUCGAUCGCAAAGGAGACACGGAGAUGCUAAUGCUCGCGAACAAAGUGAGAAAGAACUUGCUUGAAAUGCAGACGAACCCAAGCAAGACCGUGGACGACGACACUGCAGGUGAUGGUGACAUCCGGCGCGUCCCCGUGCUACCGCCGUCAGUCGUCAGUGGCGCAAGUGACAUGAAGAAACCUACACCAGCUACGGAAGCUAGCAGUAAGGCCACAUCGGAGCUACCAGCGGGAAAGAGUAAAAAGAAAAAGGAGCGCAAGAAGGACAAGUUGAUCGAUGAGAUCGACGAGAUUGUGGCACGGCUUAAUCUGCUGGACAGCGACGAAGAGGAAAGCAAACCGACGGGCGGUAAAGGCAAAAAGGCAAUCGAUGGUAGAGCGGGUGUUAAUCGAAAGCAGAGCAAAGAUUCCAUCGUAUCCGGUGGCAGCGGUGGUGGAGGUCGGGGACAGCAGGUCAAGGAAGCGACCAUUGCGAAGCCAACACAGGCCGCGGCUCACAAGGCAGCAAACGACCAGCCGGCGAAACAGAAUCAGCCUUCGGGCUCGACUAAGCGCCAGCGUUCGUCGGAAGCGGCGCAAAAGAAGCAGACUGAUGUGGGCGAAGGAUUGCGACCAUCGACGACCAAAGGGGCACGGGCAGCGUCGCUAGAGCUGAACAAAGCGGCGGCCAACAAGGAUCGCCCCAAGGAGCCCACUCCGCCGGUCGUUGUGGAGCCGCCAGCAGCCGCAGGAGCCGAAUCGAUCGCUCGCAAAAGGUUAAACAAAACUUUCAUCGAUCCGGAAUUCGACAACAACACCUUCCGAUUGCUCAAUUUGGACGAAUCCGAGUCUGAGGUUGAGGAGGUGCUUGAGAGCGUGGAAGCGACGGUGCCAGUGGUGGUCGAUACGGUUCCUGCCAUCGUAGUGCCACCGGCGUCGGCAAAGGAAACCGACAUCGAACCGACACCGAAAGUUGAAGAUGCAGCUGCGAAGAAGACGAAGAAAAAGCCGAAGGAUUCCACUCUUGCCACCACGCCCAAGCCGGCGACAAGUGUCGAGAGUGGCGAGAAGGAUAAGGGCAAACAGGGCCGCAAAAAGACGCCCAGUCAACCCGAAUCCAGCCUGCAGUCGAACCAACACGGGAAGGGGGAAGCAAAGGAUGACGCCGUCGGUCAGUCGGCGGCAUCGACAUCGACCGCGGAGGUAAGCAAAGCGAAGAAACUAACGCCGGCCCAGUCGAUGGUGGAGAAGAUCAGCGCGCUGCUCGACAGUCCCGGUCUGUCGAACCGGCAACGCAAGCAAAUGAUACGGCAGCUGGAACAGGCACAGGCCAUCAUUCAGUCGCAGUUGCUACAGAACAGCGCCAAGACGGCCAAGGCGAAACUUGCACAACAACAACAGCAGCAGCAACAGCAGACAAUGCAGGCUUCUUCCGGUAGGCAGGAUCGGUCCCUCAACCCGAAACAAAACACUCCGAAUGCUGGCAAACCAUCGAAGGAAGUUUUCACGGCGGCGGGGGUCCCGAAAGGCUCGAAGAAUCAGGUCAGCGGUUCGCCCGUGACAAUGGGGAGCGGUAUCAGUGUCAACAGCAACAACAACAACAACAACAAUUUAAUGGAUCAGCUGAGUCGAGGUGUUCGUGUGGAGGGCUUGAAUCUACCACCGGGCAUCACCCUGACCCGUGUCGAUCCGAGCCAGGCGGAAGCGUUGAAAGCGAAGCGAGAUUCGAUUCGCAAGAUUUGCGAACCUUUGAAACCGAUCGCUCCGAACUCGGCGGACCCGAGUCCCCUGCUGCCGGGACAGUUUGUUGGCAAUCCCCUCAGCCAGGGAAUGUUUGUCGUAAACCCGAUGGCAACCACCAGCCACAACACUGGCCAGAAGAUCGGUAGUCAGCUGGCGGGGCCGUCAGUGUCCGGUCAGGAUUCUGUGAUAAUGGUCAACACGGGCAAGUUGAAUGUCAACGAAGGGCAGUUGGCGGAUGCGCUGGGCGGAGGUGAUCGUAAGAGACGCAACAAGCGGCGUAACAAAAACAAAGGCAAAGAUCAAGAGAGUUGCGCUAACGACAACGGCCAACCGACCAUCGCUGGGGCGACCCGAAAAAUGGACGGUAACAAUAUCGUGACACUGCGCAAUCCCAUGUUCCAGGGGCUGUCCACCGGUGCUGUUGGCCCAGGGCAAGGCCGCCCGGGUGGUCCCGUGGCGCCGGACGUGCAGGGAGCCCGGAUGACGCUAGGCUACGAUCAGCCGGCCACGAUCUUCAAGAAUGACAACGGUAUGUUCACGAUUCGCAAUCCGGCGCUGCACCAUGCGCUCUCCGGAGGAGCCCCACCGGAAGCGUCCGGUUUCCGGCCCUUCAAUGCUGCCUACCUGGUCGAGAACGGUAUCAUGCCACCAACCAACGUUCCCUUUGCCACCUCUGCAGCCCCGCUUGUCACGGCCGCCGUUUCAACCGGCGGCCCGAUGGCAACCGGCAACGUUCCUGCGUAUCUUCAGCAGCGCUACCCACCACCACCACCAACACUGCCCGGCGACGGGAUGAUGGUAGAGAGCGGUAUGGAGGCCACCGGCGCCGAGCCACGCAAGUGCAAAUCCGUCAUCGGGAGUGAGAUGAAAAACGCUCAGAAGCACAAGCAGCAACAGCAGCAGCAGCACCACCUCCAACAUCAACGGCCAUCGGGAACGUUAACGGUCGGAAAUUGGCAGCAUUUGAAUGGCUCGGUGGGCCCAGCAACUGGGACCGAUCUGUAUGGCUCGUCUGCCGGUACCGGUACCGCCAUUGGCAGUGAUGUUGUCGGGCAACAUCAGCGUCCCUAUUCGUCCUUUGAUCGAUACAAUCUUAACGCUGGCUACGGUGGAAUGAUGGCCGCACCGUCCGCUGGCUACUAUCAGAACAGUGUCGGAGCGGCACCAGCGGCACUCGGUUGCAGUGCGAUUGGUUCCGAACGAUCGCAGGGUCUGUAUCUGGGCGGAACGGAAACGACCACGUCGCUCAACAGCAUUCCGCACUGCUGUGAUGACGACUCGCCAAGCGCGUUCUUCAAGGGUAGCGGCCUUGGACUAGCCGGACCCGCCGCCGGGGCCAUGAACCGGUACGACGAUAUGUCUUUUCUGCAAAGCCUGCAACCGGGCCAACGGCUCAACAGCGAGGUUACCAUCCACACAAUCAAUGAGUCAAAGAUGUUGCGACAACAGGCGCAAAAUUUGAGCAACGACAUCGAAAUAACCCGAAUUACCGGUCCGAUGAAUGCGAGCAGCAGUCGGGCACCCGGCGGCGUCACGCCGACAGGAAGCGCCAUUUCGUUGCAACAAAUGAUGCAGUUCAAGCAGCAUGAGCAGCAGCUGCACCUAGCGAACCAUAGUCCCGGUUCCCGGUCGAUCGGAUCGGGCACUGGAGCUGGCGCAGCGCACAACGAUUUCAUGGACAGCCGCUCCAACGUCAGCAGUUCCGUUGGUUCGGAAAUACUGGCAUCAGCAUCGCACGAUAUGGAUGCCAAACGCUUCUUGCGCGAAUAUCAGCUGGGGCAGCUCCAACAGCAGAUGCAAGAGCUGCAAAUUCAACCAUCCACCAGCAAGCAGCAGCUGGAGCAACCGUUUUCGAGCGAAUUUGGAGAUAACAUGUUCACACCGAACCGAAUGCACAAUAUGAACGAUCUCGAUGCGGACAGCCUGGAAUCGAUGAAACGCCUCAAUUACUACUUCACGCCCGCGAACGGUGGGAAGCAAACGAUAGGUUUGGGAGGGUCAGAGUUUGUGAGCACGAGUCCCGCAUCGUCGGCAAGUCACUCGGCUAGCAGCAGCGGGGGGAAGUUAUCGAUGUCGGAAGGUUCGACCGCACUAACAACGGCCACUGUCGCCGGCGGCGGGCUCGACAGUCGAGGCGAAGACGAUACUAACACCACAGCCCACAGCUUAUCCGAGGACGGCAAUCCUGGUGGUGUGAGCAUGGUUGAGGAAUUGGAACGACCGCAGCAACCACCGAUCGGAACUCCUUCGUCGAAAAGCCUUCAACUGCAGCGUCUUCAGCAAAACGGCGGAUCCGUUUCUACCACUGCCACCAUCAUCAACUACCCGGCUACGGCUGACAGUCCGGCAUCUUCGUUAUCCCUGUUCGAUGGCAUAUCGUCGUCGCUGAGCAGUCAGGCACAUUCUUUCGACGACCUGUACAACGGUCUGCUAACGGUGUCGCCAACGACCAACGGCGGGGGUGCUAGCGGCUCGGGCAUUAGUUUGAAUGAGAAUUUGACCAUCCUACAACCCCAGCAACAGUCGAACUCCGAUCCCAUGGUGAGCGGUACUGGAAGCGUAGCUGCCUCAUCCAAUGGACCGUCGGAAACUGUGUCUUUGCACGGAGACGAAAACAUCGAGAAUUAGGCUCGGUGGAACGGCAAGUAAAUGACACCUGUCGACACCAUCAAGCCGGUACUCUCAAAGAGUAAAACCACGCAGCCCUCUUGCGAUGCUGCCUCUAGCCGCCGAAAGAUAAUGCACGCUCAGCUGCCGUUCGACGACUACGUUCGAUACCGAACAAAGAACAAACAAUUGUACAUAUAUUUGUCAAAAAAACGGAAGGAACACAAAGCUUUCAAAGACACCCGGGCAUGCGUCUGAACCAGAAGCAUUAGUUCGAGAACCUUGCGGUGUCCGUCAUGUCCGUCAUAACAUAACAGGGCGAUAACAAUAGUUACGGUCAAUGCUAGAUUGGGACAAACAUGAAU